UGCAGUUCCUCAUUGGUUCUUGUCAAUGUUGGGCUACCGCAAGUGGCUAAUUCUUGGGUAGCGAAACUCGGCGCCGGGAUCGCGGCUUGUACAUACAUACAUAGUAUAGAAAAAUAUCGAUCGAUUCAGCCUCGGAAGCCUUGUGUAGCCAGCCUUAUUUCCAAAAUAGAUCUCAAGUCUUGACUCAUCUGCUCCUAAGAAAUAUCGGUGUGAGACUUAUAGUUGUGUUAUACCUGCCCACAACUUACGCAGAAUACAUUGAAUACAUUGGUUGCCUGCAUAAGAGGUACCUAACCUACCUAGAAAUCCCUUUCAUCAUGGCGAGAAUGGCACUCUCCAGCUCCCCCUUCGCGGGGCUCAGACUACCCGGCGCGGUGGGCAGCAGCAGCACUCCGGUCAAAGUGCUCCUGGCCCUCGCGCCCAUCGCUAUCCCCGCCGCUUACAUGAUCUACCUGCAGCGCUCGCUGGCGCGCCACACCGCCGCUUCGGCCGCCAUCUGCCCGCCCGACUCGCUGGCCGACCCCACCUCCACCACCUCCUCCGCAGCCGAGCCCCUCAGCGACAGGGACAUCUUCCCGUCGGACGUGCGGCACCACCCGGACCGGUACGUCGUCGCGCGCGAGCGCGUCACCUCCCACCUGGUCCCCGUCGCGUCGCUGCGGCCCGAGUUCAUCUCCAAGAAGGGCAACCUGAGCGGGCUGCUGGACUCGUACCUCGCCGCGACGAUGACGGCGUUCGCGGGCACCGCGCAGGCGUACUUCCUCAAGCGCGUGGGAGCCGCGCUCGAGGACACGCAGCGGGCGGAGGAGUUCGCCAAGACGUUCGACCCCGCGUACAUCUCGGCGUGCAAGUUCCGCCCCGGCGACCGCGUGUGCGGCGUGUACGUGGUGCGCAGCCGCAGCCGCAGCAAGGGGCGCGUGGUGCUGGAGGUGGCGCCGCCGGAGGGGUGGAAGGGCCCCGCGGUGGAGGGGGUGCUGGUCGUCGGGUUCGAUCUGGAGGUUGCGGCUGGGCGGGGGCGGAAGAGCGAGCGGGAGAAGGAGAGGGAGGGGCGUGGGCGGAGUUAUAGCAGCGAGGCGGUGGAGGGGGAUGUGAGGUUCGUGAAUGAGACGGUUAUGUGGCGGGAGAGGGACGGGGGGGUUAGUACGCCGUUGGAGGGACGGGUCGGCAGGUGGUUGCAUACGCUGAUGGUGAGGAAGUUGGUGGUUAAGGGGGUGCAGGCUGUGACGGGUGGGAGGUAGGCUGCCUAUAGGUUAGGUUCGGUAGCUCAAGGUAUCCAUCCUGAUGU